CGCUAAAAAGGUGAACAUCUAGCAGGCAGACACGGCCUUUUCCCACAUUUAUUCCGUUUCCCUGUUUGUUCUUCGUUCUUCACCGUUAACACGCUGACACCCUACAUGGACUGAACAUCACCGUCUACGACACCUUCGUCUCCGUGCACUUUAUAAGCUUCUUUCUCGCUAGAUUAGCUCGUUAUCUGCUAACAAAGAGAAGCGGAAGUUAGCGUGACAUGCUAAGUGUUGUUGUUCUGUGUUGUUGUACCGCCGAGGAAAUAUUUGUAGUGUGAGAAAGUACUUUGCCGAGUAAGAAAGGGCAGAACCAGCGACGCUGUUUUCAAGCUUCAAAUGGAGUUACACAGAGCAGACGUCAGUGAAGAUCUUCGCCCAGAGCUACAGGAGUGGAGCUCCAGGGUGGCGCAGGAGGAGUCACGGCCGCCCAACAUUAAAGAGGAGGAUGACGAGGAGGGACAGCCUGUGCCGGCCUACAUUAAAGAAGAAGAAGAGGAGCACAGCAUCAAUCAAGAGGAGGGGCAGGAAGUGGCUGACAUAAGCAAGUUUCCAGUGAUUUGUGUGAUUGUGAAGAGUGAAGACGAUGAAGACAAGGGUCACGGAUCACGGAUCGAUUAUUGUCAACACAAGGAGAAGGAGGAGGCGGAGCAUCCAAGCAGCAGCUCAAGUCGACACUUGACAACAGAAGCAGAUAGCCUCUUAGCGCCGCUGUCAGAUAGUGACGACACGGCGUCACACUCUCCUGAAACUGACGAGGAAGACUCUAAAGCUGAUGUGACGGGUCUCCCGUUCGUCUGUUCAUUUUGUGGUAAACGCUUCUCUCAGAAAGGCAAUUUGAUAACACACACAAGAACACACACUGGCGAUAAACCAUUCAGCUGCUCCAUUUGCGGUGAAAAAUUCACUCAAAAAGGCAACUUAAUGAGACACACAAGAAAGCACGUCGACGAGAAACCGUUUUCUUGCUCAGUUUGUGGCAAAAGAUUCACUCAAAAAGCGCAUGUGGAGGGUUUUACCUUUUUAGCGGUGGCUGCCACCUACUGGAGAGGAGCACCGGCAACGGCAGAAAAACAACCUGGCGAGAGAACACAGCGAUAG